AGGUGGGUGAGCUUCGGAAGAAGGAAGUGACCUGCUCAUGUUCAGAUUACUGAUAAGCAAUUAUGGUAUCAAGUGAGAACAGGAGUCUGUUCGAUUGCCACCCAACUAAUCCAGGCCAAUUACUUUCUUCCUGCUAUGAUUGUGCCAAAGAUUUGUUAACAUACCAAGCCAAAUAUUAUCAAAACAAAAGUUGGCAAAGACUUUUUACAUUUUAGAGAAGUUGGCAAUUUUAUCUUUGCUUUACAAACGUAGCUCUUUAUUAUGGAAUCAUAAGGCUUGGCACCAGGUGGUGCAGCCGAAGAUUGUGAGUCAGCUUGAGGGCCAGGAUCUCACAGCUGCUGGCCAAACGAGCAGCACCCAAAACCAGGGCAAUGGAAUUUUCUCACCUGGGAACCAAAUGUAUUGGAUCUCCAACCAAGGAAUGCCUUCAGAUUCUCUUGGGAUCAGGACAGGACCAAGACAAAAUAAGAUUUUCAGGCUCUCCGGAACAAGAAGGCUUCUUCAAUCUGCUGACUCAUGUGCAGGGAGGACGUAUGGAUGAGCAACGCUGUAACAUUCAAAUUGUACAUGGCAAGAGUGGCUCAGAUCCUGAAAAAAAGGAUAGCCCCAGCCCACCCCCUGAGAUGGACAACUUCAUGGAAAUGCUGGCGCAUACACAGAGUCGACGAAUGGACGAUCAAAGAGUCAGCUUCAACUACCUUCCUGGUUUUCAGAACAGUAACACCAGCAGCCUAUCAGGCUCAGGGGCCACCAAAGUAAGUCACUUCAGAAACUGAUGUGAACAGGGGCAGGGUGGCCAUUAAAACCUGCCCAGAGAGUAAAGAAGCAGGGUUGGUAAAAUCAAUCAAACAGGUUAGGCCACACACCCUGUUCUCAGAAGCCUUUUCUUUGUAAGCCUGGAAAUAGGCAAAGGAAAUAUAAAUACGGCGGCAUCUCUUUUGCUUUUUUUUUUAAUGAGUUCAGUAAUGGCUCUCUAAAAUUCUCAGGAUGGAUCAUGUAAUGGAAAAUAUAUAAAAUCUGAAACCCUGAUAACAACAACACGCACACACCUUUGCAGCACAAAAGAAACGGAGACACUCUUUCCUCUUAUUCCAUCAUCAUUUAGCAAAUGCGAGAGAAACUUAACAUAUUUUUCAAGACAAUAAUAGCAUAAGAAACAGCAAUUUCGUCUAUGGAACUAUCAUGUUUGCACAUGUGCAUUUUGCACACAGGUAAAAAGGAGCAGGGCUUUGAUCACAACUACAUAUCCCUUCUUGCAAUUUUGGACAGUCUGUGGAUGGGUUUCCCACCAGAAUCAUUUCAAAGUUGUUCUCUACCUUUGUGAUAUUACGUAUUUGGAAUCUGGUUGCAUUUUAAUUCAAAUGUAGACUGUCUUUUUUGUACAGGUUUGACUUGAACUAAAAAGUCCUCCAGUGCCCAACCAAUCUGAAUCUUUCCUCCUGGCACCAUCCUCAUAUCCAUGCAUGAGUGGACCCAUGAGUGUUUCCUGCCUGUCCCAUAAAAUAGAAAACCUAUUUUCGAAAGCCUUCCUUGGCAACCCUGGUUCCCUGGCUUCAAGGAGUGGCCAAAUAUAGUUACCACCUCAUUAGCACCUAUGUGGACCAAACUGCUACUUCUUUUUUCCUCACAUCAUCAAACAGCUUGUUUUCUCAUGGGCAUCAACACUCUGAUCUCAGUAAGUCAAGCAAUCAGAAGGGAAUAGGACAGACAGUUGUGCCUUGAGCAAAGAAAAAAAUAUGUUGGUAAAUUUCUUAAGGGGAAAAAACCCCCAGUGUAUUUGUCAUAAGGUUACAGUGUGCUUGCUGCAAAUGUCUCUAGUGAGAACUGUGCAUUAUCUUUCAAUAUGAAAGGACUCACGGUACCCGGUCAUAGCCUCUCAAAAUUCUGGUCCCAGUUGAUUCUAUCUGUGUAUGCCUAUGCUUGUGUGUCUGCUUCUGCCUAGUCAGGCCACUCUACAGAGGGGAAAAUUCUCCUGUCUUUUGCUGCAUUAUCAUCCUCUGCCUAUUUUCUUCUUGCAGAAAUGAGAUCAUCCUCAGUCCUGCUUGGGAAAGCAGCAGAGAGACACCAAUGUGAUGCCACCGAGCGUGCACUGUGCCUCUCACUCAAGAUCAUCCCCUCACUGCUGUAUCAGCCCUGAACAUUUACUGUACAUGCUCUGUGAUUCUAAUAAACAUGUCCAACCAUUCCCUCCUUGUUGAUUUCCUUAGCAGACCUCCUAGUAGCAGGAUGGGCAUGCCACUACAAGACAACACCGCUGGUGGCUUGAAGAAGAUAGCUGUUUCUUGCUACCCAUAUGUAUAAGUGAAGCAAAAAUGUGGAUAACAUUGCUACCAAUUCUGCUUGCAGCUCAGGAAAUAAUGAAGAAUACAUAAGACAAAGAGUUCCGAAUCUCGCUUUCUCCCUCGAGAGACAAAGCUCUCACUGCUGGACUAGAUAACUGGACCUAAAUUCAAUCAAAAAGAAAAUGACACCUAACAUUAUUCAUGAUUCAGUUUCAUGUCAUAGCCUAGAAAACAAAUAUAUUGAUCCCAGUAAGCCCUCUUGAAUUCCUGAUUUAAAUUCCCUGUACUAGAUGGGGUAGUGACAUGUGUUCUCAUUCGAUGGAAAAGAACCAGAAAGGCUAUUGAAAGAAAAACACAUUAAGGACACACUUACCUAUAUCAUCCUUCUCUAGGUAUGUAUAGAAUAGCCCUGGUGGUGCUGUAGUUAAAAUGCAGGAUUGCAGGCUAACUCUGCCAACUUGCCAGGAGUUUGAUCCUGACCGGCUCAAGGUUGACUCUGCCUUCCAUCCUUCCGAGGUCGGUAAAAUGAGGACCCAGAUUGUUGGGGAAAAUAUGCUGACUCUGUAAACCGCUUAGAAAGGGAUGGAAAGCUCUGUGAAGCAGUGUAUAAGUCUAAGUGCUAUUGCUACCUGCAAGGGCAUUAGUGGGCACAAAUGAUUAAAUGUACAUUGCAAAGUAAAUUCAGCCCGCAACACCCUUACAUGUGACACCAUGAGGCAGGUAUGAAAGGGAAGAACUACUAGGUCUCAAUGCAGGUCUCAUCAAUUUGACAUCCUUGUGACUUGGAACAGACAUUUAUAACUCCUUUCCACAUGAAAUCUGCAUACAUUUUAACAACAUAUAUUCAAGGAACAUUAAAAUUUAUUUAUUUAUUUAUUUAUUUAUUCGUACUUUUAUACCGCCCUAUCUCCCUAGGGACUCAGGGCGGUGUACAGCCAUAUAAAAACACAUAAAUAUACAAAGUAAAACAUUCAUCUAAAAAACUUAUUAUAUAGGCCAAAAUUUAAAAUAGACAUAUAAACAAUAAAACCCAAUUUAAAACCAAAUCUAAAAUUUAGACAUUUAAAAUUUUAAAAAUUAAAAAAAAAAAUCUAGUCCAGUCCUGCGCAAAUAAAUAGAUGUGUCUUGAGCUCGCGGCGGAAGGUCCGAAGGUCAGGAAGUUGACGAAGUCCUGGGGGAAGCUCGUUCCAGAGGGUGGGAGCCCCCACAGAAAAGGCCCUUCCCCUGGGCGUCGCCAGUCGGCACUGCCUGGCCGACGGCACCCUGAGGAGUCCCUCCCUGUGAGAGCGCACGGGCCGGUGGGAGGCAUUCGGUGGCAGUAGACGGUCCCGUAAGUAACCCGGACCUAUGCCAUGGAGCGCUUUGAAGAUCAUUACCAAAACCUUGAAGCGCACCCGGAAAACCACAGGCAGCCAGUGCAGUCUGCGCAGGAGGGGUGUUACAUGGGAGCCACCAGGGGCUCCCUCUAUCACCCGCGCAGCCGCAUUCUGAACUACCUGGAGUCUCCGGGUGCUCCUCAAGGAGGAAUAGGAAUAAAAGUGCAGGGGAGCUAAAAUCCAAGCAAUAGGAGUGCUCAGAGAAGCUACUGGUUGUCCAAAAUGUGCUUUUCCAAACAGCAACUGGAAUUUGAUUUUUUUCCCCUUGCAAACAUUUUGCGUUUCAUACAAGAAGCUUCUUUAGUUCAAGAACCAGUCUUGGUUUGGUUUGAAAAUUGAAGGAGCUUCUUGAAUGAGAAGCAAAAUGUUUUCAAGAAAAAAACCCAAGAAAGUCUAGAUAACACUUGCUGAGUGGGAUGCUUUGUUUGCAGAGGAGCUGAAUAAUUUCUUUGCUUGCUUUGAAGUGGAGACAUCAGAGACAGCUAAAAUACAACCACCAGCCCAUUGUAGCCCCCACCCCAUUAUGGAGGAACAGGAGGUGAGGAGCAUUCUGAGGGCUAUGGACCCUAGA